AUGGCGGCGGCGACCGCGACGGCGACCCUCUCGCUGGGGACGGAGCCCGUCAAGGUGGAAAAUGGGCAGAGCACAGCAGCCAAGCUGGGGCUGCCUCCUCUCACCCCGGAGCAGCAGGAGGCCCUUCAGAAGGCCAAGAAGUAUGCGAUGGAGCAGAGCAUCAAGAGCGUCUUGGUAAAGCAGACCAUCGCCCACCAACAGCAGCAGCUCACCAACCUGCAGAUGGCAGCAGUGACAAUGGGCUUUGGAGAUCCUCUCUCACCUUUACAAUCGAUGGCGGCUCAGCGGCAGCGGGCCCUGGCCAUCAUGUGCCGGGUGUAUGUGGGCUCCAUUUACUAUGAGCUGGGGGAGGACACCAUCCGGCAGGCUUUUGCCCCCUUCGGCCCCAUCAAGAGCAUCGACAUGUCCUGGGACUCAGUGACCAUGAAGCACAAGGGCUUCGCUUUUGUGGAGUACGAGGUGCCGGAAGCCGCUCAGCUGGCCCUAGAGCAGAUGAACUCUGUCAUGCUGGGGGGGAGAAACAUCAAGGUGGGGAGGCCCAGCAACAUUGGCCAGGCACAGCCCAUCAUAGACCAGCUGGCGGAGGAGGCGCGGGCCUUCAACCGCAUCUACGUGGCCUCUGUCCACCAAGACCUCUCGGACGACGACAUCAAGAGCGUCUUUGAGGCUUUCGGGAAGAUCAAGUCGUGCACACUGGCCCGGGACCCCACGACAGGGAAGCAUAAAGGCUACGGCUUCAUCGAAUAUGAGAAGGCCCAGUCUUCGCAAGAUGCCGUCUCCUCCAUGAACCUCUUUGACUUGGGGGGCCAAUACCUCCGCGUUGGCAAAGCUGUGACUCCUCCCAUGCCACUCCUGACGCCAGCCACGCCGGGAGGCCUGCCUCCUGCUGCAGCUGUGGCAGCAGCUGCCGCCACAGCAAAAAUCACAGCGCAGGAAGCUGUGGCAGGUGCAGCUGUCUUGGGAACGUUAACCACCCCGGGGCUGGUGACCCCAGCGCUGACCCUGGCCCAGCCUCUGGGGGCGUUGCCACAGGCUGUCAUGGCAGCUCAAGCCCCAGGGGUCAUCACCGGCGUGACCCCGGCUCGCCCACCCAUUCCUGUCGCCAUUCCCCAGGUGGGAGUGGUGAACCCCAUCUUGGCCAGCCCACCCACACUGGGCCUGCUAGAAGCAAAGAAGGAGAAAGAAGAGGAAGAGGUUUUCCAGGAGUCUGAGAGGCCAGAGAUGCUCAGCGAACAGGAGCACAUGAGUAUCUCGGGCAGCAGUGCCCGCCACAUGGUGAUGCAGAAACUUCUUCGGAAGCAAGAGUCGACAGUGAUGGUCUUGCGCAACAUGGUGGACCCCAAGGACAUUGACGAUGACCUGGAAGGGGAGGUGACUGAAGAGUGUGGCAAGUUUGGGGCGGUCAACAGGGUCAUCAUCUACCAGGAGAAGCAGGGGGAGGAGGAAGACGCAGAAAUCAUCGUCAAGAUCUUCGUGGAGUUCUCCAUGGCCUCGGAGACCCACAAAGCCAUCCAAGCCCUGAACGGUCGCUGGUUUGCGGGCAGGAAGGUGGUGGCCGAGGUGUACGACCAGGAGAGGUUUGACAACAGUGACCUCUCAGCAUGAACUCUCUCCCCCCAAGGACUUUCCCCCCUCCCCAGCCCCAUGUUUUCAGGGAGG